CUGCAAUACGUCAAGGAUCUCAUGGUCAGAAUAUCUCGAGAGAGGGAGCAUAGUCAAAGCACGCAUCGUCGCUUGGCGAAGCUAGUGAAAAGGAGCUGGGUGGAGAUACCCGCGGGAGGAGAGAAACAUUAUAUGAAACCACGGUGUGGACUUGUGAAGGAGGAUGACGUGUCGAUGUUUGCUCUCUAUUUUCCCUACAUAUCGUGGGGUGCUGGACCUCCCAAAGCUCAGAAUCACGGGAAGAACGAGCACAACGGCCAGGACCAUACAGAGCCAGGUUCUGACUCCCAUACCGAACAGCAGGACCCUAAAUCGCAGAUUACCUCGGAGCGGCGUUCGAAGGCAACAUCGCAAACCAGUCCGCAGCCUGACGGAAAAGUCAGCUGGCCGGAGUCGAAGCAGGACACGCGGAAAAUUGUCCACGAAGCUCUUACCCUAGAUCAGUAUUAUUACGACUCGAUCAAAGAUACAUAUAUAAGGGACCAGGACCAGGCUCUUUCGCGAUUAUUUAAGACUUACAAGGAAAAGAGAGCCAUACAGAGCACACAACCACCCGAGGAGCAAAGGUCACACCAUAAUCACGAGCCGGUCGGCGAGACCUUGACAACGGACUGUCAGGACUUCUUUGAGUCACUCUCUAGGAGAUGGAAGGAGCGAAGGGACAAACAAACACCACAUAGGCAGGAACGGAACGAUCAGGACCGGUCGUACGCGUUACAGAAAGACGAAGCAGAAAGCUUUCAAAUCCUCAAGGUCAACCAGCUAUGGCUAUGGAUCCUGCACGACGACACCAUUAUCACCAGCGUGACACAGGAAGUCGAAGAUGGCGAGAAAACCUUCUUGGAACGAGUUCUCGACAAGCUGAAUCAGGCCGAUUUCGACGUUCCCGAAGAAAAGAAAGAGCAAGGCUCAAGCUUGCCGGCAUAUCAGAUCCGAAUUGUGCAAGGGAUAUUGGAUACCGCCCGGGACAUGUUCGAUGCCCGGGACGUUCUGAUCGAUCCGCCCCUCAAGGAAAAGAUCGCGCCUCUGGAUGUGUACCGCAGGGCAAUUCAAAAGAUGCGCGAUAAAGAGAUCGAGCUGUUCGCUGGCUUCCGGGGCGCCCUCAACCUCAAGGCAAGGAAGGGAGAGUCGCAAGCAAGACAAACAUCACAGCAGAAUGGAGUAUCCUCUCAAAGGGGCCCAGAACCUCAGAAGUUUUGGGAGACCAAAUCGACAUCCGAGAAUCCCUACGAGAGGAUCGACGAUGAAACUAACGUCCUUCAUGAGAUCAAGGACAUUCUCGACGAGCUGAACAUUCUCAAAUCUCUGGCGCAUGAUCAAGACAACGUUGCGAGUCAGUUGGGUAAAAUCGGGUCUCAGGCUAAAUCGAAAUUCGCUCUAUCGGAAGUCAGUAACGAUAUCCAAGGCAUGGUGCGAGACGCCAUAAGCAUCCAGACCGACAUCAACACAUUGCUUGAUUUGAAACAGAAGAAGGCGGGCAUCGUCGAGGCCCAGGCCACGCGAAGCCAGAGUGACACUGUCAUGAGCUUCACCGUGGUGACGAUCAUCUUUCUACCGGCCUCCUUCUUGACCAGUCUCUUCGCAUUGGAUAUCUCGGACUUCCCACAUGAGAAUGGCAACCUAGUAUAUCAAGGGCGCUGGAUAUUCCCGAUUAUCUUUGGGGUCUCCUUGGUCGUCUCCGCUUUUUUCGUCGCACUUGCGUACAACGCCAAUUGGCUUAAGGUCCUCAUUCUACGAGUCCCUCUUUCACCGCGGUGAGACAAAGGGAGGGAAUCACCAAGAAAACAACGAGAAGCCCCACACAGAACCAGCGACAAUACCAGUAGAGGAGCAAAGUCGCUCUAAAGCCCCCAGGUCUCCGGGCGCUCGUUGGUGGACUGUGCAAGGUAUACUACGUUUCAUGAAACACCCCAAACCAGGGAACGAUGUGGAAGGC